GUGGAGCCAGAAACCUCAUUCAGCAAUUAAAUUACAAUUUGCAAUUGUGCAAAAAAAAAAAAAAAAGAUUAUCCAUGCAGUCAGGAUUGUGUUUAACAGCAGGUUGUUAUUGCAGCAAGCCUUUAUCUUUACAUUUCCUACCGAAAAUGAAAGCACUGCUCGCGUGAAAAUGGGAGACUGGAACUUCCUUGGUGGGAUCUUGGAGGAGGUGCACAUCCACUCCACCAUGGUUGGCAAAAUCUGGUUAACCAUCCUGUUCAUAUUCCGGAUGCUGGUGUUGGGCGUUGCUGCUGAGGACGUGUGGAACGACGAGCAGUCAGACUUCAUCUGCAACACCGAGCAGCCCGGCUGCCGCAACGUCUGCUACGAUGAAGCCUUCCCCAUCUCCCUCAUCCGCUACUGGGUGCUGCAGGUCAUUUUUGUGUCCUCACCUUCCCUGGUGUACAUGGGUCAUGCCAUCUACCAGCUGCGGGCUCUGGAGAAGGAGCGUCACUGUAAGAAGGUGGCCCUUCGUCGGGAGCUGGAGUCAGUGGAUGUGGAGCUGGUGGAGGUACGCAGGCGGAUUGAGCGGGAGAUGAGGCAGCUGGAGCAGGGCAAGCUCAACAAGGCACCGCUGAGGGGCUCUUUGUUGCGUACUUAUGUGGCCCACAUUGUUACUCGCUCAGUGGUGGAGGUUGGCUUCAUGAUGGGCCAGUAUAUCCUCUACGGCCACCACCUGAGCCCUCUCUACAAGUGUGAAAGGGAGCCUUGCCCAAAUGUCGUGGACUGCUUUGUCUCCAGACCCACAGAGAAAACAAUUUUCAUGAUGUUCAUGCAGGUGAUUGCCUGCCUAUCUCUGUUUCUCAGCUUACUUGAGAUCAUGCACUUGGGCUAUAAGAAGCUCAAAAAGGGUAUAUUGGACUAUUACCCCCAUCUUAAGGAUGACCUUGAUGACUAUUAUGGCAACAAAUCAAAAAAGAACUCUGUUGUGCAUCAGGUUUGCAUGGGCACCUCUGUGGGGCGCAAAAGUACGAUUCCAACUGCACCGAGUGGAUACACAUUACUGCUGGAGAAGCAGGGCAACGGCCCGACUUACCCUCUGCUCAGUGCCUCAUCUGCCUUCGUUCCCAUACAGGGAGACCCUGGAGCAAAGCCGGGCUCUUACAGCCACAAGGACAGCAAGGAUAUAAUGCCAAGUCCCACUGAGCAGAACAGCAACUCUAACAACACAAGCAGUGAGACUCGCUCUCCUCCUGUAGACAAACAGGACGAGCCUGAGGAUCUUUCCAGGACUUUACCCCAUCAUGAGGACCUGGAGUGUGGGAGCUCUGACUAUCCCACCCUCCCCACAGCAGACACUUCCUCAUGCACCGCCUUGUCAGGCAUCGCAAGGAAAUCACGAAGGGUAAGUCCACCGUGGAACUGCUCCACAGUGAUGGAGGGGAACGGUUCAGACAGUGGGGAUUCCUACUCCGGGAACAUCAAGCCACACAGCAGCUUUGCUGUCCAUCGAACCAGGACCCUUUCAAAAUCUGAGCGCAAGAGACCAAGCCGGCCCCAGAGCCCAGACUCUGCAGGGGAGCUGAGCUCUUUAUCUCGGCACAGCCGGGAGAGCAACAGUCCCACGGCCUCCUCUCCCAAAAGCCGAGUGUCAGCGGCAAGCAGCGCCAGCAGCCGGCGAGCCCCGACCGAUCUCCAGAUCUAA